AUGGACGAGAUCACUACCCCGCAUUUCUUGACUAUUGACAUCGCCGCUCCCACCAUUGGCAUCAACGGCUUUGGCCGUAUCGGUCGCCAGCUCUUCCGUAUGUGCCUUGAGCGUACCGACGUCGACCUCGUCGCCGUCAACCACACCGCCGCCUCGCUCGAGCACCUCCUCACUGCGAUCCGCUUCGACUCGACCCACGGCCCCUGUCGCCAGGCAAGCGAGAUCCGUAUCGCUGACAAGGACCACCCUCUCCUCCUCCAGCCCACCGAGAACAACCCCAACCCCACUGCCCUCCUCUACCGCAACAAGGUCAUCCACCUGUUCUCGCAGCGCGAUGCCACCAAGCUCGACUGGGCUAGCGCUGGCGCCGACUACGUCAUGGAGUCGACUGGCGUGAUGACGACCGUUGAGAAGGCUUCGGCCCACAUCCGCGGCGGCAAGGCCAAGAAGGUCAUCAUCUCGGCGCCUUCCAAGGAUGCCAAGAACAUUGUCUUUGGUGUCAACCACACCGACUACGCCGGUGACAGCGUCAUCUCCAACGCGUCGUGCACUACCAACUGCAUGGCUCCCAUCGCCGCUGUCCUCCACAACGAGUUUGGCAUCGAGAACGGCAUGAUGACCACCAUCCACGCCUCCACUGCCUCCCAAAAGGUCCUUGACGGCUUCAGCGCCAAGGACAUCCGCUCCGGCCGUUCGGCCAUGGGCAACAUCAUCCCCGCUUCCACGGGUGCCGCCCAGGCAGUUGUCCGUGUCAUCCCCGAGCUUGCCGGCAAGUUCCAAGGUCUCUCUGUCCGCGUGCCCGUCACCAACGUCUCGCUCGUCAACCUCACCGUUCGCACUACCAAGCCCUUUGGAUCCAAGCAGGAGCUCAUGGACGCCUUCCACAAGGCUGCCGACACCCCCGUCUCCGUUGGCGGCCUCAACGGCGUCCUCAGGGUUAGCGAGGAGAAGCUCGUCUCGUCCGACUACCUCACGUCGUGGGAGAGCUCAGUCAUUGACGAGGACGCAUCCAUUGUCCUUGGCGACGGCCACACCGCCACUCUUAUUGCUUGGUACGACAACGAGUCGGGUUUCUCCGCACGCAUGCUCGACCUCGCAGUCUACAUCCACCGCCGUGACCAGCUCCGGGGAUGGCCUCUGACCACCGCCUAA